AUGGGGGAGCUGGAUGCCAGGGAACCCGAGACCCUGCAGCAGGGCAGUGCACUGUGGACGCGGGCUGGCCUCACUGAGCGGUUAGGCCCUGUGCGUUCAGGACACCCUCUCUGGACCCCGGGUGGAGGGCUGCUUCGCCUGGUGCCCACCUGGUUCUCAGGAGGUGGAAGAGAGGCCCUGUGGACCUUCCCACCUCCUGCCCAGAGAAUGACACAGGCCAGUUCCCACAAGUCAGAGCAGGGUGGGCAUAAUUGUGAGGACUGUCAGAACUUCUUCAUCAGCAGCUGUGCUGCCCAUGGGCCCCCAACCUUUGUAAAGGACUGUGCAGUGGAAAAGGGGCAUGCCAAUCGCUCAGCCCUCACUCUGCAUCCUGGGUUAAGCAUUAGACUGUCGGGCAUCCCUGACGCUGGGCUUGGAGUGUGGAACGAGGCGUCCGAUCUGCCGCUGGGCCUGCACUUUGGCCCCUACGAGGGCCAGAUCACAGACGAUGAAGAGGCCGCAAACAGUGGAUACGCCUGGCUGAUCACCAAAGGGAGGAACUGCUAUGAGUAUGUGGAUGGAAAGGACACGUCUUGGGCCAACUGGAUGAGAGCCGAAGCCCAACAUCCACCCAUGUGCUUACUGCUCUCUGGCCUUCUCCAGUCAGAAAUUCCUCAGCCAACACACCCAACGCAGUCACCCCUCUCAGACCCUCCUGAGACCAUCUGAAAGAGACCUGCUCCAACCAGAGGAUCCCUGCCCAGGCAAUCAAAAUCAGCGAUAUUCAGAUCCACACAGCCCGAGCGACAAACCUGA